AAAAAGUUUGUUUCUGCUGACUAAAGAAAUAUAAAGUUUGUUUAGCAUAAAUCCCCCCUGGCUUCUUUCUCUUCUCCCUCGACUUCUCCAUCCUCUCUUCCCCAAAACAGAGAAAAAACCAUGAUCUUUUAACAGACCCAGCGGGGUUUCCAUGUCCUAUAGAUUCUGGAGUGGUCGAUUCGAGCUCCGAUUCGGUGAUUUUUUUUUCUAUCUUCUCCAGCGUUUUGUUUGUAUGGAAAAGUACAACAUGUGUUUGUGACUUGGCACCGAGCAGAACUUGAAACUAUCUGAGAUGAUCACUGAGGAGAAAGUUUUCUGACUGAAGCACAGAAAAAUCAAUCAGGGUUAACACCCGAUAAGAUGGAUCACCUUGCAGUGCUUUCUCAGGAGUUGAAUGACGGUUCAGAUUUCGAAGUUGAUGAUGUAAGAUGUGAAAAUCUUACAGAGAAUGAUGUUAGUGAUGAAGAAAUUGAACCAGAGGACUUGGCAAAACGGAUGUGGAAGGACACAGUCAAGCUUAAGAGAAUCAAGGAGCGGAAAAAGCUUGCUGCUCAACAGGCUUCUUCUGAAAAGCUUAAGCCCAAGCAGGCUUCUGAGCAGGCCCGUAGGAAAAAGAUGUCCAGAGCGCAAGAUGGGAUACUUAAGUACAUGUUGAAGUUAAUGGAGGUGUGUAAUGCUCGUGGAUUUGUCUAUGGCAUAAUACCUGAAAAGGGAAAGCCGGUAAGUGGUGCUUCAGAUAACAUAAGGGCAUGGUGGAAGGAGAAGGUGAAGUUUGAUAAGAAUGGACCUGCGGCUAUAGCAAAGUAUGAGGCAGAGAAUUUUGCAGCCCAGAGUGCACACAAUAAGGGAAGCAAAAAUCAGCACAGCCUUAUGGAUCUUCAAGAUGCUACUUUGGGAUCACUUCUGUCAUCAUUGAUUCAACAUUGCAACCCACCACAACGUAAAUACCCAUUAGAGAAGGGUGUUCCACCCCCUUGGUGGCCUUCAGGAAAUGAGGACUGGUGGGUUGAUUUGGCAUUACCAAAAGGUCAAGCCCCCCCUUAUAAGAAACCUCAUGAUCUAAAGAAGGUGUGGAAGGUUGGAGUACUGACUGGCGUGAUUAAACACAUGUCCCCAAACAUCGGAAAAAUCAAAAAUCAUGUCCGGAAAUCAAAGUGCUUGCAGGAUAAGAUGAGUGGCAAAGAGAGCUCUAUUUGGUUAGGAGUGUUAAAUAGAGAGGAAAUGAUUGUUCAUCAGCUCAGCAGUGACAAUGGAAUGUCUGUUGUAACUCAUCAUAGUGGUUGUGGGGAGAGAAGGGAGGAUUCAAAUAGCAGUAGUAACGAAUAUGAUGUUGAUGGUUUUGAAAAUGCCCGUGGCUCUGUAUCAUCUAAGGAUGAUGGGAGAAAUCUGCAAGUGAAUUCUCAAACUUGUGGAGAUAAUACCACAUCAUCGGAAAGGGAAAAUUGCCCAGUUGAAAAUGGCAACCGACCUGUUCAAGGUAUGGAGCAAGUAGGUGAGCAACCAAAGAGAAAAAGGCCUCGAGUAAGUUCAGCAAUUGUUGAUCAGCGAGCAACAAUGACUCUGAAUGAACACCUACCAGAGGAAUCAAUAAAUGCUAUUCCGGAUAUGAAUUGCACAGACUUGCCUAUUACUGGUCAUCAUAUGCCAAAUCUUAACCAAGAGGAUUGCACAAAUCCAGCUUCAAAACAGUAUGAUGAUCCUAGAAACCAGUACCUUCUCCCUGAACUUGGAAUUAACAAUUUAGGAGUCAUCCCUUCUGUUAAUGUCACUGCACAAAGCGUGCAUGUUGAUGACCAGCCCUUACCAUAUCCGGGUGUAGAGCAUACUGAGUUACAAUUUGGGACCAAUUUUGGGUCAGGAACCAAUUUCCAAUUUUUCUCCUCAUCAAUGGAAUAUGUGGUUUCUCGGGAUAAACAUCAAUUCACCGAUCAUCAAGUAAGACCUGAGACUACUGGAGUUCCUAUUAACAGUAAUGUCGAUGGCCAGGCACUAAACAGAAAUUCAGAUGCAGCUGCUGGAGGAAUGCAUACAUUUGUAGAUGAACCCUUCUACAGUGAGCCUGAUAAGUUUGUUGGCAAUUCUUUUGAUGGACUGCCAUCAGAUUACAUUGGGAUCAACAGUCCAAUUUUUGACAUUGAUGAGCUUCUGCGAGACGAUGAUAUAAUGGAGUACUUGGGAACAUAAGUCUGCAAUGUAUUUGCACAACGUGAUUGAUGAAGAUAAGAGGCAUUGCCCGUUGGCCACAUUGCUGUGGGCCCUGGAGAUCCAUCCUAUUGGGGUCUGGUCUCCAAUUUUGACUUAUGUGGGAAGGCUAGAGCCAACUUGUAGACCUCCGGAGGAACAUAUGCUUGUUUUCUAAAUGCAAACAACUUUAGUGGGAUACAACUGAGACUUGUGGGCAAGCCAACUCAACUGAUGAUACUCAGAUGACUAGCUAUGAAAGGGAAGUUGGGCAGGUUGGUAUGGUAAAACCAUAUCUUUUAUUCUAUUCCUUACAUCAACUAGCCAAACUAGCCUCCUGUUCCAUGCAUCUAAGGCAGGUCACCAAGGUUGGACAGACCCCUGCCGAGCCAGAAUAAAGAGUUGACUGCUUGUGAAACAAUCUGAUUCAAUGGGUGAUGUCUUGGUCCUAAUUUGGACCCAUAUGCUAUUGGUAUGGGUUGGACAAAAUCUGACUGCAACUGGAUGAAACAUGGUUUGAAUGUGUUUAAGUGCAACUGAUUUCAUGUUUUA